CUUCUCGCUGUUACUUUUGAUUACUCAUGAGUUGUUUUUAAUAAAGCAAAACCAUUUCCACUGAUGAGAAGUUAAACUUCUUUUUAAACAAGUCUCUGAGUAUUUUAUUAUUAUUAACCUUUUAUCUGUACUUGAAGAAAACUUCUGUCGAAACCCCAUAGCAGCACGGACCUGGCUGAGUAAGCACGGACACCAGUGGGCAGGGGAUUCCUGAAACUUCUGACUGCACCUUCCAGUACAAGAGGAACAAACAUGAGCAUCCUUUACUAUGGCCCGAGUAACAGCUCGAUUGACAACUGCACCGAUGUGGAUGAAAAGGUGAAGCACCACUAUCUGCCCGUGUGUUACGGCGCGAUCUUCAUCAUAGGCGUGGUGGGCAACAUCACCGCUCUGCUGGUCUACCUGGUUAAAGUUCGUCCCUGGAAGAGCAGCACCAUCAUCAUGGUGAACCUCGUCGUCACCGACCUCCUCUUCAUGAUCUGCUUGCCCUUCCUGACCUACUACUACAGCCAAAAAGACUCAUGGACGCUGGACAUCAUUAUGUGUCGCUUCACGCACUUCAUCUUCCACUUCAACCUCUACGGCAGCAUCCUCUUCCUCACCUGUCUAGCCAUCUUUCGCUAUGUGGCGGUUGUGCAUCCGAUGCACGCACACAGAAUCAAGCAGAAGCACUGGGGAACGCUGGCAUGCAUCCUGUGCUGGGCCGUGGCGGUCGCAGAAAUAAGUCCGAUUUUUAACCAAAUUGAAAUGAAGCUGCAGGCCAACAAAACCUACUGCUUUGAUCUUGCGAGCAACAACCCAGGAUUCAUGUGGCCCUAUAGUUGGGUGUUGACUGUGCUUGGAUAUCUGGUUCCUCUAGUCGUGGUCUGUCUUUGCUAUUGGCGCAUCAUGAAGGAACUAAAGAAGGGUCCUCAUAAGGAAAGCAGCAAACGGGUUCGAGCGAGGCGGCUCAUCGUGUUGAUUCUGACGUGCUUCAUUGUGUGCUUUUUACCUUUUCACGUGCUACGGGCUUUGAGGAUCUACACGAGACUCACUCCAGAAACCAACUGCAUGCUGGACCGCUGGGCUCACGCUGCCUAUAUCAUCUCGAGGCCGAUCGCUGCAGUCAACGUCAUUUUAAACCUGCUGCUCUAUACGUUAUCAGGGGAUUGUUUUAAGCAGGCCUUCCUGGAAAUGUUCAGAUGUGAUCAGCUCAUGUCUGUGAUCAGCAAACCCGCGACCAAGAUCACACAUGAUCAAAGCAGCUGAGACUCAUGCUGGUGUUUGAAAUGUACAGUAAACAAUGAGCCAAAGUCAAAGGCUCUGUGAAACAGCCGAGUACUCCACCAUAAAAUGACUUUCUGUCAUCAUUUACUCAAGUUGUUCCAGACCUGUAUGACUGAAUGCAAAAAGAAGAUAUUGCGAAGAAGCAACAUUGGACCCUAUUCACUUGUUAUUGUUAACUUAUAUUAAAAAAUUUAAACUGUAAAAAAAAAAAAAAAAACCUUUUUGUUCAUUAAAAUA